GCAUGCGUACGGAAUUAGUUUCGAGAGUCACAGAACCGUGGUACAUAUGUGAUUCUCGUUUUAAUUCGUUAAGAAAUAAUUCGAGAGAUCAGAUGUUUAUUGUCAUAAAAGAUUCUUUCCUCCUUCAAUGGCCUUGAUUCAUCUUCUUCGAAGAAAGAAAUUGACGGAAUAUAUUAUUUACAUUCAUAUACGACGUGACGUAUAUAUUUUUGCAUAGGCGGCGUAUUUCGUUUCUUUUUAAAAAAAACGUUCCUUAAAAUUUAAUACAACGUUUCUCAAUAAAACGAGCUAACACAAUGUUGCUUCCAAAAAAGAAAAUUAGCUGACAUCGCGAAUUAAAAAUGAUAUACACGCCACGAAAAUCGCGCAAUACGAUCCGACUCCGACGUAUCGUACGCUACGUAUUUUCCCAUUUAUUCUCUCCAAAGGAUACUUACUCAUCACAGAAAUAUCAGUGAGUAAAUAACCGUUGCUCUCGAUCAUCAUCCUUCCAAUGCUUCUGUUCAGCUCGACGUGAGACGAGUGAAAGUUAGCCAAAAAAAGAAUUGGUUAUUUCGGGUGUAGGGUGUACCAUUAGAAUUAAAGUGAGUCUAUAAUAAUGAAUGUCAAAUUUAUUUCAUAUCGGUUUUUACUUUACACCGUGAUAUAUUUGUUCAAUGAAUGCGGUGUAACUUAUGCUGAAAAAUUAAAAAUAUGCGUAGUCGAAAGUAUAUAUACCAACAAAACGAUUAACAAAAUUUGUCCGAACAUGAAAAUCGCUCCGUUUGAAUGUUCCAUAGCAAGAGACAGGUUUGAUUGUUUACGACAAUUAUCGAAUCAUGAUGCCGAUAUAACGUUAUUGCAAGCAGAAGAUUUAUUAGCAGUGUCUAUGAACAAGUUUGAUUUUUUAACUACUCACGAAAUAAGACUCUUUCCCGAGGAUAAACAACAAUUCGAAAUGGUAGCGUUAGUACAACAGAAUAUUGAUAGCGAAUGGGAUUUCAAAGGGAAAAGAUUUUGCCAUCCUGGAUUCGAAACUACUGAUACUUAUACUAAAGCCCUUUCGAUGUAUUUCGAGAAUCGGAUUAUACCUAAAGAAUGCGAUCCAGAAAAGACAUUGUUAGAAAAUAGAGUAGCUCGGUUGUCUAAUUAUUUUGAAGCAGCUUGCAUCGCUGGUCCAUGGAUCGCUGAUGCUGAAUUAGACAGAAAACUAAAAUCAAAAUACAGAAACCUUUGUUCUCUUUGUUACAAUCCUGCCAGUUGUUCUAUCGAUGAUAAAUAUCACGGACGCGAAGGAGCUAUAUUAUGUUUAACUGAUAACGUUGGGGACAUUGCAUGGGUUAGAUUAGACGAUGUUAUUGAAUAUUUCAAGAUGACCGAAUCUAACAAAGACGAUUACUCGUAUCUUUGUCCCGAUGGUAUGACAAGACCAGCAAAAGAUAAUAAUCCAUGUAUUUGGUUGGGACAACCUUGGCCUAUCGUCGUUAGUACACUUAAAAUGGCUAAUAAGGCUGUUAAUAUGAUCAAUUUAACAAUCAAUUCGAAUAACGUAUGGAAAAAUACGCUUCAAGAUCUGUUAGCGCCUCACUCAACAUUCGUUUCAACAGAGGCUUUGCAUUCACCUAAUGAUUACUUGCAACGAAGUAUUGGUUUCUUGAGUGCUUACAAUCGCGCAACUUGUAAACCUUCGAGACGCGUUCGUUGGUGCAUUUCCUCAAAUAUUGAAGACCGGAAGUGUCGAUGGUUAAGAGAUGCAUCCUUUGUAUACGGUAUCGAACCUUCUAUAUCGUGUAUUCAGGAAUCAAAUAGAAUUUCUUGUCUCGAAGCAGUAAGGAAUCAGGAAGCUGACAUCUUUGUGAGCAGACCCGAAGAACGUCUCCAAGUCAGCAAAAAAGAACUGAAACCUAUUAUGCAAGUAACGUCCAAUCAAAAGAACGAUCUUAAUAGAAUUGUUGCAAUCGUUAAAAGGAAUUCUCCAUACAAAAGUUUGAAGGAUUUAAAAGGAGCUAAAGCUUGUUUUACGGGAUAUGAAAGCAUAGGUUGGAACGCUUUUGUAACUAUUAUGAAAAAUAUAUCAAAAGAUAGUUGGGACUGUUCGAAUAUCAAAGCUGUUGGAAACUUCUUUGGAGACAGCUGUAUACCUGGACUAUCUACUAUGAAAACAGAUGUUCCACGUAAUUUGUAUUCCUUAUGUAUACGAGAUGCGAAUGUUGAGAACGAUAUCAAUACGUUUUCUUGCCUAACAUCAGGUCGGGCCGACGUGGUUUUCGUAAAUUUACAAAAUGUACAAAAAGAAUUUAAUAUAACAAAUUUAGCAAAUGAAAAGUAUAAAAUUUUGUGUAGGGAAGAAACACAAACGGAGAUAGAAGAAACGUGUUCGUUAACACGAUUUACGCUGGCCGCGAUAGUAGCGCAUAAAAAUAUUACCGAUUUGAGACGCGAUGAAAUUUAUUCGAUGUUUCUCAAUAUGGAUCAACUAUUUGGAACAAGUACUACCCGAUAUACUAGAGCUUUCUCCUUGUAUGGCACAUACGACGGCGUCCAAAACGUUAUCUUUCCAGAAGGAUCGGAACGUUUACAACUUGAAGUUAACAAAAUACAUCGAAUUUCAAAUUACGACGACAUUAUAGAAGAAAUGAUUAAAUCAACUUGCAAUAGCGCACAAAAUUUGAAUUCACGUUUUGAUAAAAUUAAUUUGUUAGGAUUAUUAAUUUUAAUUAUGAUUUUUACCUUGAAUUAAUUAUCAUAAUUAUUUUCAUUCUCUCUGAAAUUGUUUCAUAAAUAUUAAUACUAUAUGCAUAUAACUAUAUAAAAAAUUGAUAAUAUAGUAGGUGUAUAUUA